AUGACGCGUGCGGUGUCGGGGCAUUGCGGGCCCUUAGGGCUCGAGGGCAUGCUCUGGUUCACCUGGUACAACGACAGCUGGGCAUCCACGUUGCAGGUGCUGGAUCUGAAGGUCUCGCUCCAUGAGGAGCCAGACGAGGUGGUGAGGCAUCCCUCCUCCUCCUCGGUGCUGCUGAGGAAGCAUUCCGCCAGCCUCACGGGCUCCGCCUUCUGCUGCAUCCCUUGGCUGGUGGGGGACGUUGACGUUUCGGAGGACGACGAGGUGGUGCGCCACCACCACGCGCGCUCGCCGAGCCCCAUCCGCGUCCGGCGACGCAAGGUGGUGGACGAUGAGCCCGAGAUAGGCGACAGCGACAGCUGGGAGGGCGGCCUCGGCAGCGACGCCUUCGCCAAGCUCGUGCUGCAGCUGGCUGCACUGGUGCUGUUACUGGCCACAGCCCAGACAGCGCGGAGCUACCUGGGCCGCGCCGGGCUUUGGCUUUUCGGCUGAGUCUGGGCCCAUGUCUUAAAAUAGGGGGCCACCAAAAUUGGUGGUGCUUCCUGUGGUUUA